CAUUCUUUCAAGCUUCAAUUUCAACUCUCUCUCCCUCACACACUCUCCUCUCCCUUCAUUUUACAAAACAUGUCUCAAAUCACAAUCAAAUCUCCAAAACAUUGUGCAACAAAACAAGUACUAAGAAUAGAGAGAAACUACAAGAAAAUCUUCUUUGCUUUCUCAACAUUUUUCACCACAAUCUUAUUACUCAUACUUCUCAUCUAUUUCAUCCUCAAACCAACCAAACCUCAAUUCUCCCUCCAAGAACUUGACAUCUAUCAACUAAACCUCUCAGGACCAAUCCUCAACUCCUCAAUCCAACUCACUCUCCUCUCAAAAAAUCCAAACCAAAAAGUUAGCAUAUACUACGACGAGUUUCAACUUUAUGCAACAUACAAGAAUCAACAAAUAACUAGUGAUUCAUUUGUGCCACCCUUUUACCAAGGACAACAAGAGAGUAAUUUGUUGUCGGCUUUGUUGAUUGGAAAUGGUUUACCUGUUGCUCCUUCUAUUGGUUAUGAAUUGAGUCAUGAUCAACUUUCUGGAAGAUUGAGUUUGAAUCUUAAAGCUAAUGGAAAACUUCGUUGGAAAAUCGGUACUUGGGUUUCUGGUCGUUACAGGUUCAAUGUUAAUUGUGUUUCUAUUCUGGCUUUUGGAAUUGGAAACUCUAUGAAUGCUCCUCCUCUUGCUUCAAAACAGGGUGCUCUGUGUUCUACCACAAUUUAAAUAUAUAAACUAAGCAUAAUAAUAUGAAUAUUGCUAAGCUUUUUUUUAAUAUUGGUUGGCUUUUGUAUUGAGAUAUAUUUUGUAGCCACUAUGUGAUUUUGUAAAUAAAAUAUAUGAAUGAUAAUAUAUAUAUAUAUAUAUGGCCAAAAGUUAGUUAACGAUUGAAAUUUGAAACAGCGUUGAACCGCUUGGUGUUUUUACUGCAGUAAAUUCUGAUCCCAACUUGGGAGUGAAAAUUAAAAGAAAAAAAAAAUCUAUUUGAUUAUUAUGGUAAAGAAAAAAUGUUUAUUAGAUGGUUAA